AUGGCACUUGUGGAUAAACACAAAGUCAAGCGGCAGCGGCUGGACAGAAUUUGUGAAGGUAUUCGCCCUCAAAUCAUGAAUGGCCCCAUGCACCCCCGGCCCCUGGUGGCACUGCUGGACGGGAGGGACUGCACGGUGGAGAUGCCCAUUCUGAAGGACCUGGCCACGGUUGCAUUCUGUGACGCACAAUCAACUCAGGAGAUUCACGAGAAGGUAUUAAAUGAAGCUGUGGGGGCCAUGAUGUACCACACCAUCACACUGACUCGAGAAGAUCUAGAGAAGUUCAAGGCCUUGCGGGUCAUUGUUCGGAUAGGCAGCGGCUACGACAACAUCGACAUCAAAGCUGCAGGGGAGCUUGGGAUCGCCGUCUGCAACAUCCCCUCGGCUGCCGGGGCCGCCCGCAUCCGCGGAGAGACGCUGGGGCUCAUCGGCUUCGGUCGCACGGCGCAGGCGGUCGCUGUCCGAGCCAAGGCCUUUGGCUUCAACGUGAUAUUUUACGACCCGUACCUGCAGGAUGGGAUCGAGAGGUCCCUGGGAGUCCAGCGGGUCUACACGCUCCAGGACCUGCUCUAUCAGAGCGACUGUGUCUCCUUGCACUGUAACCUGAACGAGCAUAACCACCACCUCAUCAACGACUUCACGAUCAAGCAGAUGAGGCAGGGAGCGUUCCUGGUGAACACGGCGCGCGGGGGCCUGGUGGACGAGAAGGCCUUAACCCAAGCCCUGAAGGAGGGACGGAUACGAGGGGCUGCGCUCGACGUGCACGAGUCCGAACCCUUUAGUUUUGCUCAAGGCCCGUUGAAAGAUGCCCCAAAUUUGAUCUGUACUCCGCACACAGCUUGGUACAGCGAGCAGGCCUCACUGGAGAUGAGAGAAGCUGCUGCUACUGAAAUCCGGCGUGCCAUCACAGGGCGCAUUCCAGAAAGCCUAAGAAACUGCGUGAAUAAGGAAUUCUUUGUCACAACAGCUCCGUGGUCAGUAAUAGACCAGCAAGCGAUUCAUCCAGAGCUCAAUGGUGCCACGUACAGGUAUCCACCUGGGAUGGUCAGUGUGGCGCCAGGAGGAAUACCAGCAGCUAUGGAGGGCAUCAUUCCUGGAGGCAUCCCUGUCACUCACAACCUUCCCACAGUGGCACAUCCUUCCCAAGCUCCAUCUCCUAACCAGCCCACAAAACACGGGGACAACAGGGAACAUCCCAACGAGCAAUAGCAGAUAAUUUAAAAACCAUUCAAUAAACUUGGGACCAAGAGACAUUGGAAAA